AUGUCACACUCCAGCCAGGACAUUUAUUACAAGAACUAUGGUGAGGAAGAAUUCAAUGAGGAAGAAGUGACUUUAACCCUGGUCCCGGUCACAGAGGAGCCCAACCCAGAAGAGCACGCCCCAGAAUAUGUUACAGAAUCGAAUGCUUCUGCAAACAUAGGCGUCACACCACCAGGUAUCAUCAAACUCAAGAAUCCUGGGGAAAACUUUGUUCCUCUGCCAACUAUGGCGCUCCCAGGAAAACACAAAAAGACCCUUCCGCCUGUCACCCUGCCUCCUAUUAAGGACGUGUCCCGGAACACUCUUCGAGAGUGGUGCCGCUAUCAUAACUUGAGCACGGAUGGCAAGAAAGUGGAAGUUUACUUGAGACUCCAGAGACAUUCAUAUUCUAAACAAAUAUGUCAUAUUCCUAGCACAUCCCUUGAGGCCAGAAUGAAGCCGGUUUCCAGGAAACCCAAGAAAGGCACCAGAGGAACCCAGCCUCAAGAAAACUGCCAGAGUAAGAAGCAAAAGGAGAAUGGUAUAGUGGAAAUUUUAACUUCAGCUCGGGGAUCCACGCUUGCAGCUUGGGGAAGAAUUUCCAUGAAAGCUGCUCAGCCAGAGAGUGUGAAUUGCCGUCCUCUUCCUCCUACAUCUAAAGAGGCCUUUCUUGCAGAAGACGUUGGAUGUAGAUGGUGUGUUGUCCACGGCGGAUACCGCCCUGCAAACAAGAAAGGCUGGGUUCGCCUGCAACUUCACGCUGGUCAGACCUGGGUUCCAGAAAUUCCCCAAAAGAUGAUUUCUCUCUUCCUGUUACCAGCCUGUGUUUUCCCAGAUCCAGGAGUGGAUGAUGAUAUGCUCUGUCCUGAAUGUGUUCAAAGCAAUAAGAAGAUCUUGAGAAACUUUACAAGAAAGAAAAUCCGAACAAAGAACCAAAAUACACUGCCCCUAAAUAUGGCGCCUUAGACAAUAUCAAGGAUUUAUUCUGAUCUGAAGGGAAUGGAAGAAGCAAAGAGAAACAUUCUGUGUUCCCUAUAAUGACUAAAAAUACUGGACAUGAGUCUUCAGAAGUUCCUGCUCCUGUCUCUACCAGUACAGUAGAGAAUCUGUAUCUAAAUCAGCAUCCAUCUAAUAACACCCUGCUGAAUCCCAAUGUCUUUGGCAUCUCCUGGUGGCUUUGUGUUAGAAUUGUUAAAUUGUUAAAUGCUUAACUAUCUAGGGAAUGAUUUUGUUUUAACAAGUUGGUUUUGGUAUACUUUUUUAAUAGUUUUUUUUUUUUUGUGCGGGGUGGGAAAGCAUUUUCAAAAUAGAUGAGCAGAACUCUUUUUCGUUUGUUUGUUUGUUUUAAGUAAGGCUUUAUCAUGCAAUAACUCUAGCUGGCCUAGGAUUUCUAGGUAGACCGGGCUAUUUACAUCUUGUAGACUUCCUAAGUGUUGGGAUUACAUGCCUAGCCAGUAAUGAUAUAUUAUUGAUUAUAGUAGAGAGUUCAUUGCUUGUGCUAAACAUCCUGUGGGUAUUGGCAGUUGUCUAGAAUACCAUACCUUUGAGAUCAUAUAAUAUACUACCUUUUUUUUUUUUAAUAUACUACCUUUUAGACUGGCUUUUAUAUAGCAAUAUGCAUGUAAGAAAUAUCCAUGUUUUUGAUUGAUUUCUUUUUAAUGCUGAGAUUCUGUUGUCUAAUAUGUGCUCCAAGUAUUGAUUCCACACUGGUGGAUACCUAGUUGUUUUUAUAUAUUCAAGACAAGGUCUCAUGCACCACAGGCUUGCCUUGAAUAUGUUUUUUUUUUAAGGUUUAUUUUGUUAUUUAUACAGUGUCUGCUUGCAUGUAUGCCUGCAUGCCAGAAGAGGACACCAGAUCUCAUGGUAGAUGGCUAUGAACCACCAUGUGGUUGCUGGGAAUUGGACUGAGGACCUUUGGGGGAGCAAUCAGUACUCUUAACCUCAGAGCCAUCUCUCCAGCCCUUGCCUUGAAUAUGGUGAUUUAAAAAAAUGUAUUGUUUGACAUUUCCCACUCUGAUCAUCAUCCCCACCUUCUGUUACCGCACUCUUAGUCCCACCAAUUGCACCUUUGCGGCCCUCAUGUAGACAUAAAUAAAACACAGCUAUUCACCAGUGCACAGGCAACUCACCAGUGACUAAACCACAGGUGACUCCACAUGCUCAGCAGUCAUCAGCUGCCAACAGCUCCCCAGGAAGAGCAAGGCCCCCAUCAACCUCUUACUCUCUUUCACUGGGUGUUGAUGGGCUUAGCCUUGAGCCCUCAUUUCCUAAGUGUUCACAGUUGUGUGCCACCAAAUACAGUUCAUGCUGUGCUGGGCACUCAGCCUGGGGCUGCCUAGCCAGCCACAUACUUUUACAAAGCUACAUCUCCAGCUGUAAUUUUAUGGUAGGGAUAGAGUGUCUGUAGAGCCAAGGCUGGUCUUCCAAAUCCACAAACAUGCCUCAGUGUCUGUUCAGUCUUGCACAUAGGUUUUGGACAGUUUGCUGUUUGUGCCUCAGGCUUUUCUCUGAAAACUCACUGUGUAACCUAGAACUGAUGCCAAGCUCCUGAUCUUGCCUCAGCUCAUAAUAUCAGAUGUCAAGGUGUGAGCUACAGUACCCAGAUCUAGGGCAUGUGACAGUGACUUAUUUCUUGCAUUAUAUUGAGCCUUCCAUAGCUCUGGGUGGCUUUGAGCUUUUCUUGCAGCUGAGGUUGACCUUUAACUUCUGACCUUUCCACCUACCUGGUGUUGGCAUGGGUGUGUGCCACCAUGUCCACUUUUAUGAAAUCAUCUAAGGUUUUCUGGAUGCUACUCAAGCACUUUGUAUAUCGCACUAAACCCUCAGCCUGGCAUCUGAGUUCCCUUCUGAUUUUUGAAGCAAGGUCUCCUUCCAAACCAGGUUGAACUUGGAUUUAUGAUGUAGCUCAGGAUGGCCUUGUAGAGACCAGAUUCCAUAUUUUCCUAAUACCAUGUAAUCUCAGUACCCAGGAGGCUGAGACAAGAGGAUGGUGAGUUCAAAGUCCAUUCCAAGCCAUAUAGUAACCCAUCACGGGUAUUCUCAGUAAUGCAAGAUUCCUGAAAGUCAGGAACAAACAAGGUUACCCAUUUCCCAAUAUGUUGUACACAGUGGUCUUGAACUCAGGAUCAGGUGAUCCUACGUCAGCCUCUUGACUGGAUGGGACUACAGAUAUGCACCACCACACUCCAAUUACACUGAAAACUAGGUAUGAUAAAAAGAAGAACUUAAGGGAGCAGGUCUCCUCCUUCCACCGCACCAGAAAUAGGAACCAAAUUUGGAAUGUCAUUUUUGACCUUAAGUGCCUUUAUCCACUGAGGCAUCUCACAGGCCCCAUUUUUCUUUAUACGCAUAACGUUUCAUUGUGUAUAUACAUCUCAUUUCCUUUCUCUGGUCAUCUGUCGGACCUCUACGCUGUUUCCGUCUCCUAUCUGUUCUGAUUACCGUGGCAGUAAACAUGGAUGUACAAGCGUUUCUGUGGUUUAUUGGCAUAAAAUAGUUCAGAUAUGUGCUCAAAAGAGGGAUGCCUGGAUUAUCUGGUAGUUCUGGUUUUUAGUUUGAGGAACCUCCAUACUGACUUUCACGGUGGGACAAAUUUACAUCCCCCAUUAGCAGUACAUAAAGGUUCCUUUUCCCUCGACCCUCACUAGCAUUUGUUGUCCUUUUUCUUCUGGCUGGUAGCCAUUUCAACUGUGAUGAGUCGGAAUCUCAGUUUAGUCUAAUUUAUAUUUCCCCAGUGAUUAAAGAUGGUGAACUCUGUUUCAAUAAUUUUUUCUUGUUUGUUUGAAACAUGAUUGUAAGGCCUUUCGCUGUAAUUUAACUUUGUAUAAGAAAUAUCACUUGUCUUUUCCGUAAUGUAUUGCAUCAAGAUAGUGAUUAUACUGGUGUAUUUUGUGGUACCCAACCAGGUUGUUAAUGUCUGUAAUUCAAGUUCCAU